CAUCUUGCCCGGGACUCGUGAGGUAACUUGCUCUUGGGAACCAAGACCAUGGCGUCUGGCUGCAAGAUUGGUCCGUCCAUCCUCAACAGCGACCUGGCCAAUUUAGGGGCCGAGUGUCUCCGAAUGCUGGACUCUGGGGCCGAUUAUCUGCACCUGGAUGCACCCUGCUCUUCAGGGAGCACAGUUUUUUUGCAUUUUGUUCCCAACAUCACCUUUGGUCACCCUGUGGUAGAAAGCCUCCGAAAGCAGCUAGGCCAGGACCCUUUCUUUGACAUGCACAUGAUGGUGUCAAGGCCGGAACAGUGGGUAAAACCAAUGGCUGUAGCAGGAGCUAAUCAGUAUACCUUUCAUCUCGAGGCCACUGAGAACCCAGGGGCUUUGAUUAAAGACAUUCGGGAGAAUGGGAUGAAGGUUGGCCUUGCCAUCAAACCAGGAACUACAGUUGAGUAUUUGGCACCAUGGGCUAAUCAGAUAGAUAUGGCCUUGGUUAUGACAGUCGAACCUGGGUUUGGAGGGCAGAAAUUCAUGGAAGAUAUGAUGCCAAAGGUUCACUGGUUGAGGACCCAGUUCCCGUCUUUGGACAUAGAGGUCGAUGGUGGAGUAGGUCCUGACACUAUCCAUAAGUGUGCAGAGGCAGGAGCUAACAUGAUUGUGUCUGGCAGUGCCAUUAUGAGGAGUGAAGACCCCAGAUCUGUGAUCAACCUGUUAAGAAAUGUUUGCUCAGAAGCUGCUCAGAAACGUUCUCUUGAUCGAUGAAAGCUCAAGGAGUCCAGUGUUUCUGCUCAUGAAAUCCUUUUAUUGGAGAACAAGAAUAUUGACUACCAAAUCACUUCACAAUUUAGGCAGUGCUGCUUUUCUGAGCAAUUAUUCAUUCCAGUGACUAGCAUCUAUUGUGCAGAAUAUUCCAAGAGGUUAUAAAUUGUGUAUUGCUUUAGUGAUGAAAUUUAAAGAUUAGUGUGGUAAAAUACCAUUUUUACUGGGAGACUUGAUUUUUAUAAACAGUAAAAAUAUGACUGUGUUAAGGUUAUAAAAAAAGUCUUCUAAGGAAGGCAUAUUAGCAACUAUGAAAAAAUGUUUUUCUCCAUUUAAUUUUGUUGUUUCUCAGCUGUUUUCCAAAAGCAAAUUAAGUCCUUAUGUUUUUUUCUGUUCUGUGUCUUUUUUUUAUUGUGUAUAUGUGUGAUAAUAUGAGUAGAAUAGAACUUAGGGGAAAAAAAAUCUAAGUUUGAAUAUGGCUGGGAUGGCAUACUGUAUUCUUGCUUCUAAAACACCUAGUUUUUACUUUGCACCUUAUAUUUUAUAUAUAAAAAUAAUGUAUGAAGUCCAGGGAUUUUAAGGUGGUCUGUUCUAAAAUACAAGCAUAGACUUUUAUCAGGGUGUUAUGUUAGCUUUGUUGCAGGGGCAGAUUAUUCAGGGGUUCCGCCCCCCCCACAUCCUUAAUCACACCCCCCGUUUUUAAGGACAUGAAAUAAUGUGCUAGCUCUGAGCAAAAGGGGAAUAAAAACCUCUAUUUAGAAGUAAAAUUGAAUUGAUUCUUCUGCUUCCCAGCUAUUUGACCUUAGCAAGUCAAAUCAGCCAACCUCUUUGAACUUCUAUUAACGGAUUUAUACAUUGAAUGUAAUUAUAAUAACUGUGCAGGGUUGUGUUGAGGAUAAGAGAGAUAACUAUUAUAUAUGUAAAGCUUCCACUGCUCUUUCUAGAAUUGUAGCAUAGAAUUGAGUAGCUGUCAUUAUAAAGUUUGUUUUGUAGGUUAUAAAGUACUUUGAUGUAAUCUCAUUAAAUCUACAAACUGCUAUGAGUGGGCAGGCAUAUUUUUGUCCUCAUUUUAAAAAAUGACAGUACUAAAGCUUAGCAACAAGCUGUUAGCAUGGAAAGGAUCCAGUAGGGAUUUCUGGUUUGUCCUCUUUACAAAUGGAGGCCUUAGGAGGUGUAUUAGGCAAAGGAAGCUUCCUUUACUUAACAUUGUCUUAUUUCCAGUCCAACUUGACUCUAGCAGAACCAGACGGCUGAGGAUAUCCUGAAACUGUGGAUUUUGCCCCCAAGGAUAUAUAUAUAUGUUAUUAAUCCAAGAAACACCAGGUAGGCUAAGAGAUGGCAAGGUACGGAGUCAAUCCAUAAACUAAGUAUUUAUAAUUGUGUCCCAAAUUAUUCUUUGACAACAAAUGUGUCAGUCACGUCAUUAUUGUAAAUACUCUUGCUGUGUAAUACAUAUGGCAAGAAAUAACAGGACCAGCAUCAUUAAACUUAUUUAGGCUACUGUGAGUUUUAAGCAAAAAGAUUUCAAAAACAAGAACAUCAACUCAUGUAUGGAAUAGAGUGCUUGUUUUUUCCCCAACAUUACAAGGUAAAAGUGUGUUUCUUAAGGUUGUUUAUUUUGGCUUGGGAAAGUUUUGUGCUAUGAAUAGAUGGCAUUU